AGUGGGAAGAUGAUACCUGCGAGAGUGGAGAGCUGGUACCUCACGGAGCUCACCUCCGCACUUGACAAGGUGGUACUGGCCAUGUACUCAUGUACCCAUGGUCCGUGGAGGAGCCUGCGCCACAGCAAGCCACCGUCAAGCUUGUAUCUGUUCCGUUCCUGCAGCAGAUGGAAGCUCAGCUCCCAGGGCAGAGCUGCCUGCAGUGGACUCGCUGCCUGCUUCCAGCGGAUUCAAACACGCUAAGCGCGAGGCUGCAAUGCAACUUCAACCUCGAUGAAGAUUCACGACUGGUUGCUUGUAAGACACAAACAAAACCACAUCAGACUGCGCCUUUAAAAUAUUCACGCGACGAUACAAGCAGCAAACCGAGUAGAGCAACAAAUCGUACUAAUCUUUGGUUAUCCUUCUCUUACCCCAGAAGCACGUCGAAAUAUCAGUCACAUCACCUCUUCAACGCCUCUCAGUCUAUCUGCGCACACGACCACACUCAUCAAGCCCUGCCUUUGCAGAUUUCCGCCAGAUUUAAAUUGAUUAACUCCAAAAACGACGCGUGCAGUUGACCAUGGCCGCGUCACGAGUUAUCAAGCUACCUCGGGAUGACGAUGAAUCCACCUAUGCUCUCAUCCAAGUCAUCCAAAAGGGCUCCAAACCCUUGGAUGUAAAGCUUGUCGGGACAGAAGGCGAAGCACCAUAUGUAACUUCUUGUACGAACACCUAUUAGUCAAAUCGUUGCACCGAAUGUCCUAUUGACACCC